GUUAAUUCUGAAACACUAACAAGAUACCACGAGCAAAGCUAUUUGAUUUGAUAAGAUUGUAAGAAUCGUAUGUGCAUCGAUCCGUGAAAUUAAAUCUCUGAAUUGGACAUUUUGUAUCAAAUCCACCAUGGUGGCGACCAUGUGGUCUUCCAUUUAUUUUUAUAUUACAUGUUUUGCUUUUUGGGUUCCAAUAACACAAUCUGUAUCAACAUUAAAUAGACGUGCAUUCUUUUUUGACCAAAGUAAUGCUGAAAAUGAUUUAGCAGAUUUAAUUUAUGAAAAAUCGUACUAUCCCAAGGAGAAAUCUUUACCAAAAAAUACAAUUGUUAAAGACACAGAUGACGACGUUACAUAUUUAAUCUCCAAAUUAUCUGAUGAUGAAUUAAUGAAGUUGCUAAAUAGUCAACCUAAAAAAACAGAGUAUGAUUUAAAUGACAUUGCCAAAAUUGUUUAUAAUUCACAAACAAACUUAGAUAGCAAGUUUAAAACUGAAGUAAAUAAAAUUAAGAUGGAUAGCAAGCUAAAUCACAAUAUCUACAAUAAGGCGGACAAUGAAAAGGAAAAUUCUCCAGGGGCAUUUUUCAAAUUAGAGCAUAAGGCCAUUGAUCCUUACACUGCUGGGAGUAAUAAUGACCAUAAUUAUAAAGCAUUGCAAAAAUUAAAUGACUUCUUGUAUAACUACCCACAAACACUUAACGUAGAUAAAAGUACAGAGGAUGUUGAAAAAAAAGAACAGCUUUUUGACGUUCUCGUUUCACAACUGAAAAAUUUAUGCUGUAAAAAAAGCAAGCCGGCAAAACCUCAAUCUAGAUUCAAUUUAAUAUCUAAAGAACCUGAAAAGGUAUCUAAUGAGUAUUUAUUUUUGAUUAUUAAUGACGAAAUAAAAAGUAACGUCAGCGAUGAACUUAUAUCAGUUGAUCCGGAUAGCCUAGCGAUGAAUAGUAGUGUUCUGUUGUUAGGACCUAUAUCAAGUCCGUUAUCAGAUGGCCAGCUGAAGUUUGUCGUUUCUCGUAUAGCAGGGGAGCUAUCAAAACCAGAAUAUUUGCCUCUCUUACAUCAACUAGCAGACGGCUCUCUUAGCGAUCAAAAUAUGAAGAUAAUGAAAAGUUUGGUAACUGGUCCUGAGACCAGAAGAUACAUUAAACCACAUAGAUGUAAUCAUCAGUCUAAACUUGCCAAAGUUUAUGGUGGUCCUAAGUGGCUCAUAUGCACUGGAUACUUAAACUUGAAUGGACCCAGUCUUUAUGAUUAAAACUCUUAACAUCACAAUAUAA